UGCAGCGGCGCAUCCCGGGGCGCGGCGCCCCACCGGCACCCAUGGCGCGGCGGUCGCGCUGAGGGUUCGGCUCCUAGCGGGCCGGGGGCCCGGGCGCCCUGGAGUAACUGGGGCGGGAAGGAGCUCGAGGCUGAGGGGCGACGCGGGAGAGGACGGAGCCUCGGCUGGGAGCGGAUCUUUCGAAGAUGGUUUGGCUGCCUUGGAGGUUUGGAGAUUUGAUGCCACAAUGAGGACUCACACACGGGGGGCCCCCAGUGUGUUUUUCAUAUAUCUGCUUUGCCUCGUGUCAGCGUACAUCACUGACGAGAACCCAGAAGUCAUGAUCCCCUUCACCAAUGCCAACUACGACAGCCACCCAAUGCUGUACUUCUCUAGGGCAGAAGUGGCUGAGCUCCAGCUCAGGGCUGCAAGCUCACAUGAGCACAUUGCGGCCCGGCUCAGAGAGGCUGUGCACACUAUGCUGUCCAGCCCCUUGGAAUACCUCCCUCCCUGGGAUCCCAAGGACUACAGUGCCCGCUGGAAUGAAAUUUAUGGGAACAACUUGGGCGCCUUGGCAAUGUUCUGCGUGCUGUAUCCUGAGAACAUUGAAGCCCGUGACAUGGCCAAGGACUACAUGGAGAGGAUGGCAGCGCAGCCUAGUUGGUUGGUGAAAGAUGCUCCUUGGGAUGAAGUYCCACUUGCUCACUCCCUGGUUGGUUUUGCCACUGCUUAUGACUUCUUAUACAACUACCUGAGCAAGACACAACAGGAGAAGUUUCUUGAAGUGAUUGCCAAUGCCUCAGGAUAUAUGUAUGAAACUUCAUACAGGAGAGGAUGGGGAUUUCAAUACCUGCACAAUCAUCAGCCCACCAACUGCAUGGCUUUGCUCACAGGAAGCCUAGUUCUGAUGAAUCAAGGGUACCUCCAGGAAGCCUACUUAUGGACCAAACAAGUUCUGACCAUCAUGGAGAAAUCUCUGGUCUUACUCCGGGAAGUGACAGAUGGCUCCCUCUAUGAAGGAGUUGCUUAUGGCAGCUACACCACUAGAUCACUCUUCCAGUAUAUGUUUCUUGUUCAGAGGCACUUUGACAUCAACCACUUUGGCCAUCCAUGGCUCAAACAACACUUUGCAUUUAUGUACAGAACCAUCUUGCCAGGGUUUCAAAGAACUGUAGCCAUUGCWGAUUCAAAUUACAACUGGUUUUAUGGUCCAGAAAGCCAAUUAGUGUUCCUGGAUAAAUUUGUCAUGCGUAAUGGCAGUGGAAACUGGCUGGCUGACCAAAUCAGAAGGAAUCGUGUGGUGGAAGGUCCAGGGACACCAUCCAAAGGGCAGCGCUGGUGCACUUUGCACACAGAAUUUCUCUGGUAUGAUGCCAGCUUGAAAUCGGUUCCUCCUCCAGAUUUUGGCACCCCUACCCUGCAUUAUUUUGAAGACUGGGGUGUUGUGACUUAUGGAAGUGCACUGCCUGCAGAAGUCAAUAGAUCUUUCCUUUCCUUCAAGUCAGGAAAACUUGGGGGACGUGCAAUAUAUGACAUUGUCCACAGAAACAAAUACAAAGAGUGGAUCAAAGGAUGGAGAAAUUUUAAUGCAGGGCACGAACAUCCUGAUCAAAACUCAUUUACUUUUGCUCCUAAUGGUGUGCCUUUCAUUACUGAGGCUCUCUAUGGGCCAAAAUAUACCUUCUUCAACAAUGUUCUAAUGUUUUCUCCAGCUGUGUCAAAGAGCUGCUUUUCUCCCUGGGAGGGUCAGGUCACAGAAGACUGCUCAUCAAAAUGGUCUAAAUACAAGCAUGACCUGGCUGCUAACUGUCAGGGAAGAGUGGUUGCAGCCAUGGAGAAAGAUGGAGUGGUUUUCAUCCGAGGGGAAGGUGUGGGAGCUUAUAAUCCCCGGCUCAACCUAAAGAACAUUCAGAGGAAUCUGAUCCUUCUACAUCCACAGCUUCUUCUCCUUGUGGACCAAAUACACCUGGGAGAGGAGAGUCCCCUGGAAAUGGCAGCAAGUUUCUUCCACAAUGUAGAUUUUCCUUUUGAGGAGACAGUARUAGAUGGUGUCCAUGGGGCUUUCAUCAGGCAGCGAGAUGGACUCUAUAAAAUGUACUGGAUGGAUGAUACUGGCUAUAGUGAGAAAGCAACUCUUGCCUCAGUGACGUACCCGCGGGGCUAUCCCUACAAUGGAACAAACUAUGUGAAUGUCACCAUGCAUCUCCGAAGUCCCAUCACUAGGGCAGCUUACCUCUUCAUAGGGCCAUCUGUAGAUGUUCAGAGCUUCAGCAUCCACGGAGACUCUCAGCGACUGGAUGUAUUCAUAGCCACAAGUGAACAUGCCUAUGCAAUUUACCUGUGGACCGGUGAGACCACAGGACAGUCUGCUUUUGCACAGGUCAUUGCAGAUCGCCAGGAAAUUCUGUUUGACUGGAAUUCAGCCAUCAAGAGCACCACUGUCCCUGAGGUGAAGGACUACACUGCUAUUGUGGAACAUAACCUGCAGCAUUUUAAGCCAGUGUUCCAGCUGCUGGAGAAGCAGAUCCUAUCCCGAGUCCGGAACACAGCUAGCUUUAGGAAAACUGCUGAGCGCCUGCUGAGAUUUUCAGAUAAGAGACAGACUGAGGAGGCCAUUGACAGGAUUUUUGCCAUAUCACAGCAACAGCAGCAGCAGCAAGGCAAGUCAAAGAAAAACCGAAGAUCAGGCAAACGCUAUAAAUUUGUGGAUGCUGUCCCUGAUAUUUUUGCACAGAUCGAAGUCAAUGAAAAAAAAAUUCGACAAAAAGCUCAGAUUUUGGCACAGAAAGAACUACCCAUAGAUGAAGAUGAAGAAAUGAAAGACCUUUUAGAUUUUGCAGAUGUAACAUAUGAAAAACAUAAAAAUGGGGCCUUGAUGAAAGGCCGUUUUGGACAGGCGCGGAUGGUGACAACUAGUCAUAGCAGAGCUCCGUCGCUGUCUGCUUCCUACACCAGACUGUUCUUGAUUCUGAACAUUGCGAUUUUCUUUGUCAUGUUGGCAAUGCAGCUGACUUAUUUCCAGAGGUCCCAGAGUCUAUAUGGCCAAAGAUGUCUUUAUGCGGUCCUUCUAAUAGAUAGCUGUAUUUUAUUAUGGUUGUAUUCGUCUUGUUCCCAGUCACAGUGUUAGCACUGAAGCCAUAAAAUUGUUUGAUCAUUUUAUGAUCACAAAGAGUCUAUGCAAAAAAAA